AAGCACGUGUGAUAUUCAAGAUGGCCGUUUUCAGAAGUGGUUUAGUGAAGCAAGUUUGCCGUGGUUUAGUGCGUUGUGAAGAAAGAAUUCGUCCUCCGGAAAAAUGCAUUAACUCUGUGCAGUUGUUAGGAAGAGUGGGACAGUACCCAAAGAAAGGGAAGGGUGAUGUGUGGCGUUUCUCACUGGCCACAAAUACAAUGUACCAAUCAAGGGAUGAGUUUGGAGAAAGCAAGCUUAUGACUAAGACUCAAUGGCAUAAUAUAGCUGUCUUCAGACCUUAUCUGCAACAAAAAGUUCAAGACAUGGUUUCAAAAGGUUCUCGUGUUCUUGUCCAUGGUCGGUUAGAUUAUGUUUCAUAUGAUGAUGAAGAUGGUACAAGGAGAUCAUAUUCAUCCAUUGUUAUGGAUGAUCUCAUUAUCUUGUCAACUCCUGAAGGUGCAAGCUUACGAGAGAAUUUUGAUGAACCAGAUUUUGGGGAAAUGACUUGACAACAUCAGUUUUAAGGGAGCAUCAGAAAAGCAUUCUGUUGGAAGAAAGAUCUAUUUUUACAUUGUGUUCGGGUCAUCCUCAUAAGACAAUUGGCACUGCCUUUUUGUGCUAUGCCAGGUUCUGAAGAGUUAAUGAAAGGAAAAAAGAUAGAUGUUGAAAUGUAUCAGAUCUUGUACAAUAAAUAAUAAGAUAGAAUUGACUGACAGAGGCAUUGUGUAUUGACUUUAUAGCUACAACUUUUCAAUAUUAUAUUUUAUAAUUACUAUA